GCGCCCCCGCUCGCGGCCCGGCUCGGCGUCGGGAGCGCGCUCUGUGUGGCCGCUGCCGCCAUGUUGUUGUGGUUGUGAGAAGGCGGCGGCGGCAGCGGAGGAGCAGCCGGAGGAGAGGCUCCAGCGGCUCAGGCGCUGACCCCCGCCGGCCCUGGCUGGGAGCCUAGUGGGGUGGCGGAGGUGGCCGUGCCGUGGCGGGCCUCGCCAUGUCUUGCCGCCCGAUGAGGAAACUUCAUGAACUUCCCAGACUUACACAAAUUGACUUGUGAAACCUUCUAAUAGAGAAAGUUCUUGGGACAAACUUCACUUGAUCCACGUGUAAAGGAAAGUCUUGCCGGACACUGAAGAAAGGAAGGGGAUUUCUCCUCCUAAUCUGGGCCUCCUGUCAUGCAUUAGGAGAGUAUGUUUUCAUGUUUUACGGAAAAUCUCAAGCUUGUACAGAAAGACAGUGAACGAUUAUAUGCAUCAGUCCACUGCAGAUGAAGAGACUCGGCACAGCCUUGAGUGCAUCCAGGCCAAUCAGAUUUUUCCCAGGAAGCAGCUGAUCCGGGAGGAUGAGAAUCUUCAGGUUCCUUUUCUCGAACUUCAUGGAGAAAGCACAGAGUAUGUGGGCCGUGCUGAGGAUGCCAUCAUUGCCCUUUCUAAUUAUAGACUUCACAUCAAGUUCAAGGAGUCUCUUGUUAAUGUUCCAUUACAGCUUAUAGAAAGUGUUGAAUGCCGAGAUAUAUUUCAGCUUCAUUUGACUUGCAAAGACUGCAAAGUUAUCAGGUGUCAGUUCUCAACCUUUGAGCAGUGUCAAGAGUGGCUCAAGAGACUGAACAAUGCAAUCCGACCACCUGCGAAAAUAGAAGAUCUGUUUUCGUUUGCAUACCACGCUUGGUGCAUGGAGGUCUACGCCAGUGAAAAAGAACAACAUGGAGACCUGUGCAGACCAGGGGAGCAUGUAACGUCAAGGUUUAAAAACGAAGUGGAGCGAAUGGGUUUUGAUAUGAACAAUGCCUGGAGGAUUUCCAACAUCAAUGAGAAGUACAAGCUAUGUGGUAGCUAUCCACAGGAGCUCAUAGUGCCUGCCUGGAUCACCGACAAAGAACUAGAGAGUGUAGCAAGCUUCAGGUCCUGGAAGCGCAUCCCUGCCGUCGUCUACAGGCACCAGAGUAAUGGAGCUGUCAUUGCCCGCUGUGGACAGCCGGAGGUCAGCUGGUGGGGCUGGCGAAAUGCUGAUGAUGAGCACCUGGUGCAGUCGGUAGCCAAAGCUUGUGCCUCUGACUCCCGAUCAAGUGGCAGCAAGCUGUCUACUAGGAACAGUUCUCGAGACUUUCCCAAUGCGGGAGACCUUUCUGAUGUGGAAUUUGAUUCUUCUCUGUCAAAUGCUUCAGGAGCAGACAGUUUAGCCAUCCAACCGCAGAAGCUUUUGAUCUUGGACGCACGUUCCUAUGCUGCAGCUGUGGCAAACCGAGCCAAAGGAGGAGGCUGUGAAUGCCCGGAGUAUUACCCAAACUGUGAGGUCGUGUUUAUGGGGAUGGCAAAUAUUCAUUCAAUUAGGAGGAGUUUUCAGUCUCUGCGGUUGCUGUGCACACAGAUGCCGGAUCCGGGAAAUUGGCUCUCAGCCCUUGAAAGCACAAAAUGGCUCCAUCACCUGUCUGUGCUCCUGAAGUCGGCACUUCUGGUAGUACACGCUGUGGAUCGUGAUCAGCGGCCCGUCCUAGCGCACUGCUCAGAUGGCUGGGACCGCACUCCCCAGAUUGUGGCAUUGGCUAAGCUCUUGCUGGAUCCGUAUUACCGAACCAUAGAGGGUUUCCAGGUCCUCGUGGAGAUGGAGUGGCUGGAUUUUGGUCACAAGUUUGCUGACCGGUGUGGUCAUGGGGAGAACUCCGAUGAUCUGAACGAGCGCUGCCCCGUGUUUCUGCAGUGGCUUGACUGCGUUCAUCAGCUUCAGAGGCAAUUUCCUUGCUCUUUUGAGUUCAAUGAAGCAUUCCUUGUGAAACUGGUGCAACAUACCUAUUCCUGCCUGUUUGGAACAUUCCUGUGCAACAAUGCCAAGGAGAGAGGGGAAAAGCAUACUCAGGAGCGGACGUGUUCUGUGUGGUCGUUGCUUCGGGCAGGCAACAAGGCUUUCAAAAACCUACUGUAUUCCUCUCAGUCGGAAGCCGUGCUGUACCCUGUGUGUCACGUGCGUAACCUGAUGCUAUGGAGCGCAGUGUACCUGCCCUGUCCAUCCCCAUCCACCCCCGUGGACGACAGCUGUGCACCGUACCCAGCCCCCGGCACCAGCCCUGAUGAUCCGCCCCUGAGCCGGCUACCAAAGACUAGAUCAUUUGACAAUCUGACUACAGCUUGUGACAACACAGUGCCUCUGGCCAGCCGGCGCAGCAGUGACCCAAGUCUGAACGAGAAGUGGCAGGAGCACCGGCGCUCACUGGAACUGAGCAGCCUAGCUGGUCCUGGGGAGGAGCCUCUCGAUCCUGACAGCCUGGGAAAGCCCACCAAAGUGCUGGGCGGUGCCGAGCUGUCUGUCGCGGCUGGAGUGGCUGAGGGGCAGAUGGAGAACAUUUUGCAAGAGGCCACCAAAGAGGAGAGUGGGGUAGAGGAACCUCCCCAUAGGGGGAGCGUUGAGAUGCAGGAGGUCGAAGAGGAGGCUGUCUUAGAAAAGCAGAUCAGGGCAAAGACCCCCGAGGGCUCAGCCAUUAUCUUUCUUCAAGAACCAGAACUGGGUGAUGCUGCUCUGGUGAACUGUCCAGACACUGGCCUUUCUGUGUUCUCCCAGGAUAUUCCUGAGCAGCAGGGUAGGCACAGUGUUCUCCCCAGUUUUCUCCCAGAGUCCCUCGAGCGAGAGGAUGCCCAGGAGGUCCCUAUGGAACAGCCCCAAAUAGGAGCUACCACAGAGGGUAGGGAGGAAGCUUUUCUUCCAGUCCCAGUAGAUGCAAAAGAUGGCUAUGGUACCUCACAGUCAAGUUCUCUGCUGCCCUCCCAAGUACCAUUUGAGGCCAGAGGACCAAAUAUAGACAGUUCAAUGGAUAGGUUAACAGAAGAUCAAGUCAAGUCGGAAAGUGGGCCCGAAGGCCAUCAUACACCUUGCCUGGUAAACAGUGGCUGGUUCAGUGACAAGCACAUGCUUCCUCAGACCAUGGAGCCCCGGCCUUCGGGGAAGAGCCUAGCUGAGAGGCCCCAGGUGGCAUCUGUGGUACAUAGGACUUCCCCUGGCAGCACCCACAGCCCAACACAUUCUCCUUGUGCCUUGCCUUUAGCCGAAUGUAAAGAGGGGCUUGUGUGCAAUGGUGCCCUAGAGACUGAAAAUAAGGCUUUAGAGCAGCCCCCAGGGCUUAGCACUCUCCAGAAGCAUGCCACCCCCAACGGGCACUGCACCAAUGGCGAGGCUGGCAAGAGCAAGGACUCACUGAGCCGCCAGCUGUCUGCUACAAGCUGCGGCUCUGCCCACUUACACUCGAGGAACUUGCACCACAAGUGGCUGCACAGCCACUUGGGGAGGCCAUCUACAACGGGCAGCCCUGACCAGCCUUCCCGCAGCCACCUGGACGAUGAUGGCAUGCCUGUGUACACGGACACUAUCCAGCAGCGCCUGCGUCAGAUUGAGUCAGGCCAUCAGCAGGAAGUGGAGACCUUGAAGAAACAAGUACAGGAGCUGAGGAGUCGCCUGGAGAGCCAGUACCUGACUGGCUCCCUCCGCUUCAAUGGGGACUUUGGGGAUGAAGUGACUUCAAUCCCCGACUCGGAAAGCAAUCUGGAUCAGAACUGUUUGUCUCGCUGCAGCACAGAGAUUUUCUCUGAAGCCAGCUGGGAGCAGGUGGAUAAACAGGACACGGAGAUGACCCGUUGGCUCCCUGACCAUCUGGCUGCCCACUGCUAUGCGUGUGACAGCGCCUUCUGGCUCGCCAGCAGGAAGCACCACUGCAGGGACACUGACCGUGUUGAUCAAACGUGGAAUUGUGGGAAUGUGUUCUGCUCCAGUUGUUGUAAUCAGAAGGUUCCAGUUCCCAGCCAGCAGCUCUUUGAACCCAGUCGAGUGUGCAAGUCUUGCUAUAGCAGCCUUCAUCCCACAAGCUCCAGCAUUGACCUUGAACUGGAUAAGCCCAUUGCUGCCACUUCAAACUGAAGCUCAGUGACCUGGGGCGGGCAGAGGCCAAGCUGCUGUUCCUCUGACAGGCCCACACAGCCUGGACAGACCGAGAGGCCCGUGCACUUUGGAAUGGGGGCAUGGAACCACCUGCGCAGAGUGACAGAAAUUUGGGAUGUACCACUGGAUUGUAGAUCGAUUUUUCUUUCCUGUUGUCCCUCCUCCCUCCUUUUGCAUCUUCUGCCUCCAAAAAAGAAAGAAGUCCCCUGGUUGUCUUAAAUUUUUUUUUUUUUUUUUUAAAUGAAAGACCAGAGGUUACCAGGCCCCAUGUAAACUGUUGAGCCGCCUGCUGUCCUGUGAUGCUGAAGGUUGGCUUGGUUCCUCAGGAUGGGAGGUGGCUGGUCAGAGUCAGGAGUGGAGGCCCAGGAUGAGUGAGUGGGGGGAAGCAAGCCAGGGCUGAUGUUUGUGACCAUUUCUCGUGCUACUGCCACAUCAGAGCUGAUUGGAAAAACCUUUGCUGCUGAGGAGGCUGAAAGCAUCUUCCCUCAGAGCACUGCCCCGAGUGCCAUCUCUCUCUUGAGAGGAGCUGGGCCUGUCCGACCUCAGAGAUGAAUGGGAUUGGCAUUUGAGGGAGGGACACAGAGUAAAUGGAACCCUUCCAGGCCCUCUUUCAGGGAAGAAAGGUGUUUGUUUCUCUGAAGCGAGUGAGAGGGACUGGGAAUGGGGGUGGCAUGUUCUCUUUUGCAUGGGAUUCUGUUUUUAACUUGACCCUGGAUGGUCUAGGGCUCCCUUCACUGUCAUGAGUAGGCCUCUCGGCCAGGCUGUGUAGUACUUCCCACCCUCAGGCAUAAGAGUGCAUACUGGCCAGAGUGCGGUGUCCUGCUGCUGUGGCCAAGGCCAAAGCCUGCCCUGAGCCUGGGCACACCUGGAAGCCUCUCCCCCAAACAAUCUCUCUCCCUUGACCAGCACAGGGAAAUCCAGACUCAGGGUUCCAAAAAUUCCCCAUUCCCAAAACAAACAAAUCAUGGAUCUCCCCCCUUAAGGGGUAAGAAUCAGCCUUUUAGAGUGUAAGCCUCUGGAAAGGGGAGCAUGUCCUAUACAAUCAGCCUUCCUCCUCCUUCCCUUCCCUUUCUGGGGCAGUGGGAAGGGCCCAGCGAUCCCCCUGCCCUGCUCCUGUGCUGCUGGCCAGCAGUGAGGGGACACUUGGUGACUCUGCAGGGUUCUUUAGGAAAUUUGUGACACAGCCCGUAGGAGAUUUGGGGCACCUUUCCUCAGUAAGUUUGGUGUGGUCCAAAAAGAGCCUUAAAUCAAGAAUAUUUGUGGUAGAGUGAGUGUGGGGAAGGUUUGUGCUUUGUAAUCUUGGCAUCCAUGUUUUGUGCCUGCCCUCCCUCUUGGGGAAGGGCCAUGCUUGGCUCUGCUAAAAGCUGCUAACUGGUAAUGGCGGAUCGUGGUGAGCAGAUGGGGAUGAGGCCAGGGAACUCUGACCCUUCAGAAGCAAUUCCCUGGCCAAGGGAAGUUGUGUCUCAGGAAGGUGCUCCUGUGUGUGCCUGGGUGUGGUUACGAGGUGGCUCAGAGCCUCCCCUGGAGCUGUCAGUCCAGGCAAAGCCAAGAGCAUCAGAAUGAGUCUCUGACUUCCUAGUGGCCGCAGGUAGCUCAGAGUCUGACUUUAGUGAAACAGGGUGUAGUUCUUCUCCACACUCUGUAUGGUCUGGCCGUGCAGGUGGGGAGAAGUCAGUCUAAUUAAAGAUUGUGCAGUUCCUAGUGACAGGUGCCAAGAGGUUAUGAUACGGGUUUCUUGGGUCUGAUGUACAGUGUGAAUAAAUGCUUGCAGCUCUUAGCCCUUUUCGAUCAAUGAAGCACUUUUUUAUUAAUAUUUUUCUUUGUAUGUAAAGGAGGAACCGUAACUCUCCGUAGCUGUACAUAUAACCCUUUUCUCCUAAAGAGGAGACAGUCAUUGCUCCUAUAUUUUUCAUUUUUUGUCAAAGCAGGAAGUAAAUACUUUAGAACUGUUAAAUAUAUAAAUAAAGUGAAUAAAGUUUA